AUGAAAAUUAUUUUUUUUAUUUUUUUUAUUUUUUUUUUUAUUCAAUUGCUUUCAAACCGAUAUGUAUUAGGUGAAAAAUCAAAUAAUAUUGAUAAUACUAAGGAUGAUAAAUUAAGUCCUUUAAAACAAAUAUUACAAAAACAAAGAAAACAAGCAGAAAAUGAAAAGAAUUUAAUUAAAAAUCUUGCAGAAAUCAUUUACACUGUGAAAUCAAUGGAUCAAUCACAAUCUGAAACUGGUGAUGUUUAUAUUGACCUAUUCUUAGAGGAUACCGAUGGAAAGAAUACUACAAAAAUGGCAGAAUCUAUCUACAGUUUAAUUGAUACCUUGGAGAGAUUCGAUAUUGAAAAACGUCAAUUACGAUUAGAAAAAAAACAACGAAAACAUAAACAAUCUAAAACACAACAACAACAACUAGAUUUAGUUAAUGACAAAUUCAUUUCAAAAAAAUUACUGUCAAUUGAUAUUGAAAAUUUUGAUUUUGAGAGAAAUGUUGACAACAAUCAACAACAACAAGAUUUUGAUAUAAUCGAUCAAGAAAUCAUUGAUGGUUUACCAAUAACUCAUUAUAAAGAUGUUUAUCUUCGAAAUAAAUUAAUUUCAAAAUCAGUUAAUACUGACUCACAAUCAAGUAAUUCAGAAAAUAAUGAAUCAUCUUCAGUAGGUUUAUCAAUUGGUUCAACAUCUUCACCAAACAGCUCACAAAAACCAUCAUUAGAAUCGUCGUCAACAAACUCAAAACCUCUUGAGCCACCCUCUCAAGAGUCACAAGGAUCAUCAGAAAAUUCAUCAUCAAUAGAUUUAUCUUCACAAGAAUCUUACUCAAAUGAACAGUCCUCAAUUGAGUCAUUCUCACCAAGUUCCUCAUCUAAAGAAUCAUCACAAGAAUAUUCUUCAAGUGAACCAUCUCCUUCAAGUGGGCCAUCAUCAUCAUCAUCAUUAAGUUCACAAGAAUAUUCUGCUGGUUCAUCUUCAGUAAGCCUAUCUUCAGUAGGUUCACACUCACAGGAAUCUUCUGUAGGUUCAUCUUUAGUAGGUUCAUCUUCUGUAGGUUCACAAGAAUCUUUAGUAGGUUCAUCUUCUGUAGGUUCACAAGAAUCUUUAGUAGGUUCUUCUUCUGUAGGUUUACCUUCACAAGGAUCAUCCUCAAUAGAUUCAUCCUCACAAGAAUCAUCUUCAAUAGGUUCAGUAGGUUCAACUUCACAAGAAUCUUCAGUCGGUUCAUCUUCACAAGAAUCUUCAGUAAGUUCAUUUUCAGUAGGUUCACCUUCACAAGGAUCAUCCUCAAUAGGUUCAUCCUCACAAGAAUCAUCUUCAAUAGGUUCAUCAUCAGUAAGUUCAUCAUCAAAAGGUUCGUCAUCACAAAACAAUGGACUAAGCUCUGAGCAACCUUUAUCAGAUAAUGAAUCAAAUAGUGAAUCAAACUCUUCACAAUACAUUUCAGAAAAUGAUUCAACUUCGUCAUUACAAAAUAAUGACCCAAACUCAUCAUCACAAAACAAUAAUUCAAACUCUUUACAAUCUGAAUCUGAAUCCUCUCAAAAUGAAUCAAAUGAAUCAAACUCUUUAGAAACCGAAUCAUCUUCAAAUAUUAAAUCUAGUUCAUCACAAUCUGAAACAUAUCAAUCAAGUUAUGAAUCUUCAAACUCAUUUUCGUCUCAAAGUUCUGCUUUUGUAUCAUCUUCUUCUGAAUCAAAUGGUAGAUCAUCAUCAUCAUCAUCGUCAUCAUCCGCCUCCUCAUCAUCAUCAUCACCAGAAGAACAAUCAUUUCCAAUAUCAUCCUAUUCAAAUGAUGAAUGUGGAAUUGAAGUUCAACAAAUUAUGUUAAAGAAAUUAGGUAAUAAUUUAGCAUCAUGGUCGAUGAAUAUUAUUAAUUUAAAACCAUUAAUAGUUUUCGAACAUAUUUCAGUUUAUAGAAAAGAGGCAAUCACAAAACCAGAUAAUUCAAUUGGAUAUAAUAAAGUGGAUGUUUGGAAUACCAUUACUUCAAAUGGUCGUCCUGAAGGAAAAUUAUUCUCAUUUGUUUAUAUUGGAAAUUUAGUUCCUGAUAAUUUCUUUAUUUCUUGUGAUAAUAAUACAACACCCCCAACUUUACCACCUACUCUAUCACCAAUUGAUAAUCAUUUUUCAUCAUCUCAACAACAAUCCUCUUCACAAUCCUCUUCAUUUACACCAUCCACAUCUUCAUCAACCCAAACUGAAGGAUUAAAAUGUAAAUUGUCAUAUUCACAAAGAAGAAUUGGAUAUAUUAGAUUUGGAACUAAAAUUAAAUAUAUAUGGUGGGUUGAAAUUGCCAAUAAAGGUGAAACAAGCAUUGAUAAUCAAUUAUUUAUUAAAUUUGACCAAAAUGUUGAAAAUGUAAAUGGAUUAGAUAAGGUUAAUGUUGAUGAUGAUAAUAAUAGUGAAGGUAGUUCAAGUAUUGGAAGCAGUGAUAGCAUUAGAGAUAGCAUUAGUGAUAGUGAUAGUAGUGGUAGUGAUAAUAAUAUAUAUAAAGUUGGAUCGAAUGGUAUACCAUUAAGACCUGAUAGUUUUUAUGCAUUUACAUACUUUACACAAUCAAUUGUUCCAGCACAAUUAGAAUUUAUAGAUCAUGAUAAUUGUGCUGAACCCAUCGAUUCGGGUAAACCAUCACCAAAUCAACAAAUUGGUACACCUGAAACUCAAUGCUCAGCAGAAAUUCAUCAAGAGAAAUUAUCAACUAGUCUCACAUUCUUUGGUUUCAUUUCUUCAUAUGCUGUAACAAUUAAAAAUACAUCACCAGUUCAAUCACUUUAUGAUUUAACAAUCAUAUUUAAGAGUAGUAUUAAAGAAGUAAAUGGAAUAGAUCCAUUAGUAAUAAAUACAUCAAGCUCAACAAAUACUCAAAUCUCUACAAUCUCUGAUUCAAAUUAUCAAUUACCAGAAUCAUUACGUGUAAUCGGUAUAAAACCAAAUCAACCUUUUGUUUUUUAUUAUGAAAAAUAUGGUUUCUUUUCAUCUGAUAUUGAAAUUCAAAAUGAAUUAUGUUCACCAGAAUACUUUUACAAUAAUAAAUAA